UGUGAAAGGAUAAAGAGGCGCGAGGCGGAAUUGGGGUCUGCUCUAAGCUGCAGCAAGAGAAACUGUGUGAGGGGAAGAGGCCUGUUUCGCUCCGGGGUCUCUAGUUCUUGCACGCUCUUGAAGAGUCUGCAUUAGAGGAACUCUGCCAUUACCAGCUCCCUUCUUGCAGAAGGGAGGGGGAGACAUACAUUUAUUCAUGCCAGUCUGUUGCACGAAGGCUUUUUGGCUUCCUACCUUGCAACAAAAUAAUUGCACAAACUCCUUAGUGCCGAUUCCGCCCACAGAGAGUCCUGGAGCCAGGGCCUUUUUUGCUUUGCAUGGUAGGGAAGGGACUAAGUGAUAGAGACUAUGUCGCUUUCCUGAGCUCCUGAGAGCGCUCGUGAACUGGAACCAACUGCUUCAGGGGAAGGAAAAAAAAAAAAAAAAAAAAAAGAGAGACUUGCCUGGGAGGCGGCGAGCAACUUGCACUGGAAGCUUCAGCAGCCAGCAUUCAAGAAACUCCUCUCCACUUUAGCACGGUCUCCAGACUCAGAGCCGAGAGCCAGAGCAAACUGCGGCGCGGUGAGCGAGCGAGCGCGAGCGAGCGGCCGAGGGAGGGAGAGGAGACUCUCCAGCCUGGGAACUAUAACUGCUCUGCAAGAGGCAGAGCGCUCCUUGCCCGCACCCUUUGGAGACUUUUCUCCCCGCGCGCAGCACCGGCCCGGCGAGGAGUGGAGCAGCCCGCACGGCCGCCGCGCGCGUCCUCCCGCUCGGCGUGUGCUUGGCCCGGGCAGCCGGGAGGGCCCGGCAAUCGCGCCGCGGCGGCCGCCGCGAGGGUGUGAGCGCGCGUGGGCGCCCGCCGAGCCGGGGCCAUGGUGCAGCAAACCAACAACGCCGAGAACACGGAAGCGCUGCUGGCCGGCGAGAGCUCGGACUCGGGCGCCGGCCUGGAGCUGGGCAUCGCCUCCUCCCCCACGCCCGGCUCCACCGCGUCCACGGGCGGCAAGGCCGACGACCCGAGCUGGUGCAAGACGCCGAGCGGCCACAUCAAGCGGCCCAUGAACGCCUUCAUGGUGUGGUCGCAGAUCGAGCGGCGCAAGAUCAUGGAGCAGUCGCCCGACAUGCACAACGCCGAGAUCUCCAAGCGGCUGGGCAAACGCUGGAAGCUGCUCAAAGACAGCGACAAGAUCCCCUUCAUCCGGGAGGCGGAGCGGCUGCGCCUCAAGCACAUGGCUGACUACCCCGACUACAAGUACCGGCCCAGGAAGAAGGUGAAGUCCGGCAACGCCAGCUCCGGCGCCUCGGCCGCCGCCUCCUCCAAGCCGGGGGAGAAGGGCGACAAGGUCGGUGGCGGGGGCGGCCACGGGGGCGGCGGCGGCGGGGGCGGGAGCGGCAACGCGGGGGGCGGCGGCGGCGGCGCGGGCGGCGGCGGCGGCGCCAACUCCAAACCCGCGCAGAAAAAGAGCUGCGGCUCCAAAGUGGCGGGCGGCGCGGGCGGCGGGGUCAGCAAACCGCACGCCAAGCUCAUCCUGGCGGGCGGCGGCGGCGGCGGGAAGGCGGCGGCCGCGGGCGCCGCGCCCUCCUUCGCGGCCGAGCAGGCCCUGCUGCCCCUGGGCGCCGCCGCCGACCACCACUCGCUGUACAAGGCGCGGACUCCCAGCGCGGCGGCGGCGGCGGCGGCGGCGGCGGCGGCGGCGGGCUCGGUCUCCACGGGCGCCUCCGCCUCCUCGGCCGGCCUCGCGGCGCCGGGCAAGCCCCUGGCCGACAAGAAGGUGAAGCGCGUCUACCUGUUCGGCGGCCUGGGCGCGUCCUCCUCGCCCGCGGGCGGCGUGGGCGCGGGCGCCGACCCCAGCGACCCCCUGGGCCUGUACGAGGAGGGCGGCGCGGGCUGCUCGCCCGACGGGCCGAGCCUGAGCGGCCGCAGCAGCGCCGCCUCGUCGCCCGCCGCCGGCCGCUCGCCCGCCGACCACCGCAGCUACGCCAGCCUGCGCGCCGCCUCGCCCGCGCCGUCCAGCGCGCCCUCGCACGCGUCCUCGUCGGCCUCGUCCCACUCGUCCUCGUCCUCGUCGUCGGGCUCCUCGUCCUCCGACGACGAGUUCGAAGACGACCUGCUCGACCUGAACCCCAGCUCAAACUUUGAGAGCAUGUCCCUGGGCAGCUUCAGCUCGUCGUCGGCGCUGGACCGGGACCUGGAUUUUAACUUGGAGCCCGGCUCCGGCUCGCACUUCGAGUUCCCGGACUACUGCACGCCCGAGGUGAGCGAGAUGAUCUCGGGAGACUGGCUCGAGUCCAGCAUCUCCAACCUGGUCUUCACCUACUGACGGGCGCGCGCGCGGGCUGGGAGAAGAGGGCCGGGGGGCAAGAGAGGGAAGAAGAAAAAAAAGAAGAAGAAGAAGAAGAUUUAGACGAAGAAGAAGAAGAGAGAAAAGACAGAGAAAGAGUUGGAAGAGAAAAGAGGAAAGAAAAAAAAUAGAAAAGGAAAAAAAAAAAUGUGAGCGGGGCCGGCUUGCGAGGAGCGCGGCGGUGUUUUGGGGACCCGCGCUCCCAUCCCCCACCUCCCCGGCCGCGGGGACGCGGAGGAGGCGGCGGGGAGACGAGGGGCGACCUUUUAUUGUUGUUCUUGAUGUUGUUGUUGAUGGCAAAAAAAGCUACUUGGAGUUUCCUCCCCUCUGCCCGAAGAGACCCCCCGCCCAUUCCAACGAGCUUCCGGACUUGUCUGCUGCACCCCCAGCAAGAAGCCGACUUGGUAGUUUUUCUAGAGACUGAAGGAAUCUCGUCCCUUUUUUCAUCGCUCCCCCGUUGCUGUUUUUGUUUUAUUUUAUCUCAUUUCUUGGUCAAGGGGGGGGGGAGAGAAAGAAAAGAAAGAAACUCAACGCGCCCCUGGGGAUUGAGUUCUCCGCACCCCCCGCCAUCCCCCCCACCCCCCGCAAGAAGACAGAAAGCUCCGGGCGUGGAAUUGGACCGACGGCAGAUUUUUGAGGUGGGGGAGGGCAGGCUCGAGCGCCGGGACAGAGAGACUCCACGCCGGCGGAUUCCCGUUUUGUUGGGUUUUUCUUCCUUUUUCCCUUCCUUUCCUCUUCCUUCUUUCUUUCCUUUUUUUUUUUUUUCUAUUUUUUUUUUUCCCUUGCACCCCACCGCCCCCCACCCCCGGAGCCGGAGGAGGAGAUGCCGAGUGCCCGGAGAGCCCCCGUGGGGAGCCCGGCGAGGGGCGCGGGCGGGGCGCAGGGGGGGGCCGCGGAGGAACUGGGACGGAUUUGCACGUUCGGGGGCAGGUGGCGCGUCCUGGCGGCCCCCGCCCCCCGCACCCCCGAAAUCAGUGAGGUGAGACUCCGCGGCCCGCGGGCGUGCAGGAGAGCGGACUGUUUGAUGUGGUGCCGGGGGCCGUGCAGGGGCGAGUGGUUUCGGGCGGGGGGGGAGAAAAGAGGUUUUUUUCUUCUCUUAAAAUCGGAAUCGUGAUGGUGUUGGAUUAUUUCACUGGUGGGGUUAAUAUAGCAUGUUAUCCUGUCUAUCUUUUAAAGAUUUCUGUAUAAGACUGUUGAGCAGUUUUUAAAAUAGUGUAGGAUAAUAUAAAAAGCAGAUAGAUGGCGCUAUGUUUGAUUCCUACAACAAAAUUAUCACCAGCUUUUUUUCAUUCUUAACUCUUUAAAGGAUUCAAACGCAACUCAAAUCUGUGCUGGACUUUAAGAAAAAAAAAAAAAAAGAACACAAUUCAGGACCAAAUUUUUUCUCAGUGUGUAUGUGUUUAUUCCUUAUAGGUGUAAAUGAGAAGACGUGUUUUUUUCCCUCACCGAUGCUUCAUCCUCGUAUUUUUUUUUCCUUGUAAAUGUAAUCAGAUGCCAUUUUAUAUGUGGACGUAUUUAUACUGGCCAAACAUUGUUUUUCUUAUUUUGUCCCUUUUUUACUUUAAUCUUUGGUUUCUUUUCUUUUCUUUCUUUUUUGACUUCCU